AUGGGGUUGUCUUCUCUGACUGUAUCCAAUAAUAGGAAGCAUAUUGUAGUUGUGUUCAUAAGUUUAGUAUUCAUCUUGAAGAUAGCCUUAAUUUCUUGUGCGAAUCAGGAAAGCCAGAUUUACACGGUGCAUUUGGGUAAGAGGCAACAUGAUGAUCCUAAACUUGUUACUGAUUCACAUCAUGAUAUCCUUGGAUCGCUUCUUGGAAGCAAAGAAGCUUCUCGUGAGUCUAUGAUUUAUAGUUAUAGACAUGGUUUUUCAGGGUUUUCAGCGAAACUCACAUCAUCCCAAGCAAGGGAACUCUCAGAAAAUCCGCAUGUUGUUCACGUAACAAGAAGCAAGAAUAUGAAACUAACAACAACAAGGGUUAGUGAUUACUUGGGACUCACUUCAACCGCUCCAACCGGUCUCGUCCACGAUACCGAUAUGGGAAGCGACGCAAUCAUAGGAAUCGUGGACUCAGGAAUAUGGCCAGGGUCAAAGUCAUUUAACGACAACGGUCUUGGACCGAUCCCGGCACGUUGGAAGGGACAAUGUGUUUCAGGAGAAGGUUUCAACGCGUCGAUGUGCAACAGAAAGUUGAUCGGAGCUACGUACUACGCAAAGGGUCUCGCCAGAAAGUACAAAGGGGCUUUCAAAGCAGCGGAGAAAGACGAGGCCAUGUCCCCUUUGGACAAAGUCGGCCACGGAACACACUGUGCGUCGACCGCCGCGGGUUCUUUUGUCCAAAACGCAAACUACCUCGGUUUAGGUCAGGGAACUGCGAGAGGCAGUGCCCCUAGGGCCCGUGUAGCCGCUUACAAAGUGUGUUGGAAUAACGAGGAGUGUUUUACGCCGGAUAUUUUAAAGGCCAUGGAUCACGCUAUGCGUGAUGGCGUCGAUGUUCUAUCGCUCUCGCUCGGAUCCGAGAUACCGCUUGAUUUCGAGGUCGAUAGGAGUGACUUCGCUAUCGCUGCUUUCCACGCCGUGAUGAAGGGUAUUACCGUGGUAUGCGCUGGUGGGAACGAUGGUCCUGAAACUCAAACCAUCUCUAACGUUGCUCCGUGGAUCAUAACGGUCGCGGCUACGACCAUGGACCGAGAGUUCUUCACGCCCAUCACUCUUGGAAACAAUGUAACCGUACUGGGUCAAGAAGGUUUAUACAUAGGAGAAGAAGUGGGAUUCACUGAUCUUAUUUACUUCGAUGACUUGACGAAAGCUGAUUUUGAAGCCGGUAAAGCUAAGGGAAAAAUCUUGUUUACCUUCCUAACAGAUAGAUCUACAGAUCAGAUUGCUGAAUUCGCGAAAUCGAAAGGCGUCGUUGGCAUCAUCAUCGCAACAAAGCCAAUUGAUUUGAUCGAACCAGGCACCGCGGGUAUCGCCUCUGCCAGGGUAGACUAUGAAAUUGGGAUGGACAUUUUACUCUACCUCCAAACAACCAAAUUUCCUAAAGCUAAGAUCAGCCCAACCAAGACAUUCGUUGGCCGACCUUCAGCGACUAAGGUUGCAAGGUUUUCGUCUAGAGGUCCCAAUUCAAUAUCUCCCGCCAUUCUCAAGCCGGAUAUAGCAGCACCAGGUGUAGGUAUACUUGCGGCCGUACCAACAGGGGUAGGAUACGAGUUCAUGUCAGGGACAUCGAUGGCUACACCUGUCGUAACAGGAAUAGUUGCACUUCUUAAGCAAAAACGCCCUGACUGGUCCCCUGCUGCGAUUCGAUCCGCUCUCGUCACAACUGCAUUUCAAACGGACCCAUCGGGAGAGCCUAUUGCAGCAGAGGGUUCCCCGCGCAAAAUCGCUGACCCGUUUGACUACGGAGGUGGCCUCGUGAACCCGGGGAAGGUGGCAGACCCGGGACUUGUCUACGACAUGGGCCAUGAUGAAUAUGUUCAUUACUUGUGUUCUGCAGGCUAUGAAGAUAUAUCCAUCUCAAAACUACUUGGAAAAGUCUACACUUGCCCUUCCCCAACUCCAUCCAUGCUUGAUGUUAACUUGCCCUCCAUCACAAUCCCAUAUCUUAGUCAAGAGAUCACAAUAACUAGAACCGUGACAAAUGUUGGACCGGUCGGUUCGGUUUACAAAGCUGUGAUCGAACCGCCUCUAGGUAUAAACCUGCAGGUGAGUCCUAAAACUCUUGAGUUCGGUCCCAACACCAAGAAGAUUACAUUUACGGUGAAAGUCUCCACGACUCAUAGAGUGAAUACUGAUUAUCACUUUGGGAGCUUGACAUGGACCGACAAUGGAGCUCACAAUGUCCGAAUCCCUCUUUCUGUGAGAACACGAGUUUUGAACUUCAAAAUCUAACAAAACUAUUAAUAAUAUUGAAAAUAUUUUAAAAUAUCUUUGACAAAAAUAUUUUUAAAAUAUGUGUGUCUGAAUUUGUUAUCUAUCAGAAGCUGUAAAUGUGAAAAAGAAGCAGCGUAUCUUUUACUAUAUAUUAUAUGUUACUUAAUAGUUAAAAUUGUUAUUUGUGAUUUAGGAUUUUGUUUUGUCAAUUAUUGUUCUUUGUUUUUUCAAUUCUUAUAAAUAAUUCUGUUAUUUCUCAAGUUUUUGAAAAUUGAGCUCUAUCCAUUCCUUAUUGCCAUGAGUUUGUUCCGAAAAAAGGAAUGGCAUAACACACUUGUUAAUUGACAACGAAUCCAAAUACUUACAUAUAAUAGAUGAAUUAUGGGUUCACUGUGUGUCUGUAUCAAAAGCAUUAUCACCAGCUUAAUUAUAUUUUAAUACAAUAAUAUGUAUUUUAAUAAAAUUAUUUGUAUUUGCAUACAAGUUCAAAUUAAAAUAUAUUCAUGUGAGAUUAACAUUUAUCAUUUUUUGUUGUUUGUUUUCUUUUGCAUUAUUUUAUUUUCUUUUCUCAUUUAGAUACCAAAUAAAGAGGUCAAAUCUGAAAUAAAAAUAUAUUGUUUAAAAAUCUUUAAUUACUCACAAUUUUCAUUAUCUCAAAUGACGAAAUAUCAAAAUAAACACUUUACUUGUAAUCAUAAGAAUCUAGUCUUUCACGACUCUACAAAGUCGCAACACACUUAGUACACUUAAAAUAUCACUUUCAACUGAUCCCACAAUCCAUAUACCAUUUUCUUUGUCCCAUCACAUAUGUUAAUUUAUGUAAGUAUAUAUAUGUUAUUUAUAUUUUAAUAUGAAACACAUAAAUAUUCUCGAGAAAUAUAAAAAUAAAUUAAACUAUUCUGAAAGUAAUAAACUGAUAAUAUAAUAUCGCAAGCAUAAAUUGGAUUUUUUUUUAAUUACUUAUUUGAUUUUUUAUUAAAAUUUAUUCUAAUAUGUAUUUUACAUAUUAAUUUAUUACAGUGAAUUGAAAUUUGUAGAUUAUUUUCCCAAGUGGAGUCAGGUUUUACCUCAUAGCCAUAUCUGCAUAAAAAUUACAAAAUGAAAAAGAAAAAAUAUUCUUAAGCAUCCUACAUAACAUAAUAAAGAAAAUAUAAAAUCUUAAUGU